CUGCAAAAGCCGGCGCUCCCUCCUGUUUGUACGCACAACCUGCCUCUUCUCAAUCUCCGUACACAGGGGUAGACGGGAUCGGGCUGCUCAGUGAGGUUUCCCGCGCAUUUGAGCCUGGCUGCUGUGAUUAAGGUUGCCGCAUCCUUGAGCCUCCGUGCUGCGAGAGAGUCAGUGGAACGCGGGUGCGUCAGUGGCUGUCAGGGGCCGGGUACUGCGCUCACUGGUGGUGGGGGUUACGCUGCAGUCCGGAAAAGAGACACUUUGCUUGCCAAAUCAGGUGGUGUCCUUUGAAGCUGUGGUUCUUUUAUGUGACAGACCGGUUUUGCCCACUUUUUGCACAAAAAAGUGUAAUGGAAGAUUUGGAUUCUGCUGAUACAGGAAAUACUGCAAAUAGUUCCAUCUGUUCUGUGCAAAAAGAAGCAAUGACUUUGAAAUGUGUAAAAUGUGGAUUCUAUUGCGGUAAUUGUAUUGGGAGAGUUCUGGAUGCCCCUGAAGCAUCUGAGGUAUUUUCCGAUCCUGAGUGCAAAUCGGAGCAACUUGACCAACCAGUAUUACUUAGGAACGUCGUGGAGAAGUUUAGGUCUUCUCAGUCACAGCAGGUGGAAGUCCAGGUCUUCUGCACAAACUGUCUUUCCUCUGCUGUGCAUGCAGUUAAAACAUGUCUGCAUUGCGAGGUUUCUGUUUGUGAGGAUCACCUGAGGGUACAUAGCAAGUCAGCUGAACAUGUUUUAGUUGAACCAACCACUUCAGUGGAGAACAGAAAAUGUCCUGUCCACAAGGAGGUCCUUAAAUAUUACUGUUCUGAUGACUCCACCUGCAUUUGUGUAUCCUGUUGCCUUAUUGGGAAACACAAGGGUCAUGAAGUAGAAUCAUUAGUUGAGGCUUCAGGCAAAAAGAAAUCUAAGUGGUCGUCCAUCCUCAAAAUGGUAAUUUCAAAGAAAGAGUUGAUUAUGAAAAGAGUGGAGAAUCUUCAAGAGCACAAACUAGAUACUCAACAAAGAGGAGUUUGUUUAUCAAAGCGAAUCUUGAAACUGCUUAAGGACAUCAGAGCCCAGCUAGAUGCCAUGGAGGAGACCAUCCUGAAUGACAUAACCAAACGGGUACAUCAGGUUGUACACACUGCUGAUGAUUUAAUAAAACAGUUAGAAUUAAAGGGUGGAGAGCACGAUCAGCAGAUGGCUCAUAUUGAAAAACUGUGCAGCUUAAAUGACCCGUUUGAUAUUUUACUUCAGGAAAUGGAUACAGCAGAAUUUGAUAAUGAUUUGGAUGAGUUAGAUGAGGAAUAUGAAGAGAGCACAAGUGCUUCUCAGCAUAUAGAGGAGGAAUAUGAUAAUGAAGAGGAGGAAUAUAAUGAUUUCAAAAUUGCUACGAAUUUUACAGAGGAGGAUGAUGACUAUGACCUGGAUGAGGAAGGAAACACAGAGGAAGCAGAGGGUUAUAAUGAAGAGGAAGAAAUGAAUGAUGAAGAUUAUGAAACCGAGGAAGAUGAUGAUGAAACUGAGGAAGAGAUGGAAUAUGUUGAUUGGGAUUAUGACUGUUAUGGAGAGGAUGAAGAUGCUGUUGGGUUUCUAGAUGAAGAUUUAAUCUCUAACUCAAUGCAGGGGACUUUAGCUAAAAUUAUGCAUAGUGCUAGUGGAGGCUUUUAUGUGCAAGAGACAUCAGAAGUACUGCUUGAUCUAAAUACUGCUGCUUCAAAUAUAGUGAUUUCUGAGGACUUAAAAACCGCCACUUGUUCAUCUCGUCAGCCUUAUCCGGAAACGCCAGAGAGAUUUUCAUGCUGGCAGGUUCUAAGCAGCACCUGCUUUUCUUCGGGAAGACAUUACUGGAAAGUUGAGGCCAGCCAGACGGCAGACUGGAGUAUUGGUAUAGCCUAUGCCAGCAUAGAUAGAAAAGGAUGUUACUAUAGCAUUGGUUACAAUAACAAAUCGUGGUGUUUAAGUAACUGUCUAUACAGACCAGAUUAUUUUGCUGUAAAUGACAGUAAGGAGACAAUGUUACCCUUCCAGAGUUCUUGCCAGCAAAUUGGAGUAUACUUGGACUAUGAUGAAGGAAGACUGUCAUUUUAUGAGCUGUCCAAUCCAGUCAAACAUCUGCACACAUUUACCACCACUUUCAGUGAGCCUGUUCAUGCUGCGUUCUAUGUCUGGUGCGAUUGGGUGAAAAUAAUAAGCUAACUAAUUUUAGAAGAAUAGUUUCUAGAGGCUAAUUUUCAUCAUUUAAAUACACCAGAGGAAUAACCUCUUCCAUGGUCUUUAUAGUAUAGUGUGCUUUGUCCACACUCCAGGAACUUUCAUUUGUUGUGGGCGAAAGGUCACUUACAAAGUUGUACCAGGAGCAGCAGUGGUUGUUUAUAUUCACUUGCUGCUGCACCUGAGAGUCCAGAAAAGCUGCAAGAGAGUUUAGUCUUGACUUCUAUUGUCUAUAAGAAAUGACUCUAAAAAAAAAAAUGUAUUUUAGUCUGUUAAGUUUUCUGUAGUAAGAUUACAUCUACGUUAGAAUGUAUUGGUUAUACUGUAAGCAAUAAGAUGGUGACUGUUAAACUCCUUAGGAUCAGGCCAAGCACUUUCACUUUUCACUAUCCCUCUAGGCUGAAUGAAUGGCACCUAGUAGUAAUGGCUGCAUACUCCCUGUGUGCGUGUAUCCCAAGCAAUUGGUUGCUGGUAUAGUGGAUAUCCGUUACAGUGAUGGCUAUAAAAAGCUUUUUUUUCCUGUUGCCAGCUUUAGGGCCCCGCCCCCAUUUUUAGAUGGUAGUUUGUAUUUUAGAGAAGUUAUCAAUGUUAACCAGAAACCUCAGAUAAUGAAGCAUUCUAAAGUUGCAUUCUAAGAACUUCUAGAUGUUAAAAACCAAACAUCAGUCUAGUGUUGCUGUGUUUGCUUCUUUAGUGUUGAGAAAAACUUUAAGUUAGGUUCGUGGGUGUUUUCUGAUGGGUGUUAAUAAAGAGCAAUUAAGCGUUAUGAAUUAGUUGUAAGUUGGGAAUUUUUAUGGUUUUGUUUUUUUUUGUUGUUUUUUGUUGUAUGUUAAAAACAAGCAUGUAGUCUGCUGGAAAAAUGAGAGGCUGCACACACUGACAAUCUGGGGCUAAGCCAUCCCAGAAAAUCUGGUUGGUACUUUGCUGUAGCACCAGAGAGGAGUUUGCUGAAUGAAGCAUGAGCAUAACUGGGUACAGUUUAGCCUGCUACAGAACUACUGUAUCUGACUGCAGAGUCAAUAAGACGCCGGUAACCAUAUAAACUCAUUUGUUUCUACCUAGGAAUAUAAAUACCUACCACUGGAGGAGAUCCUAGUGCGAAGGCACAAUUAAACAAUGCUACUUCAGUUCCAGCAGGUAAUCUUUGCUGCAGACUAAUAGUUACAGAGUGAAUUAUGAGGUACAUGCUGAGACAUAAUUAUGUGGAUAUAAGAGAAUCUGGGAGAUUUAGAAUAAUCUCUACAACGCAAGACACUAUUACUCCACUUAAAGGGUUGAAUGCAAAGUCAAAUGAUCAACUGUAGAGAAUGGUCUCUGAUAGAUCAAACUAUAUGGCUAAUUAAACUAAGAGCAUUAACCUGGAAGACUACCUGGAGAAAUGUCUAUACGACAUGUUGAAAGAGUUGCUUGCCGUUUAAUAAGCCUACCGACUCCCAAUAAAGUUGCUGAUAUGUUCAGCAGGACACCUCUGUGGCUAAUUGUUGGUUAGACUACCUUGCUGAUGAUCGCCUGUUAUCUUGGCUUCUGAGGUGGUUCCUCUAAAUUUACUAAUUGUUUGCCCAGCAGCCAACAUUUCAGGUCAUCCUGGAUGAUUCACAUGGGGUGUUGGGCUUUUGUUUGACUUAUUUCUGUAAUUCUGAGAAUUUUAAUGCGAGACAAAAUAAAUGUUCAUUUAUGGUAGAAGUAGCCGAGUAUAAUGUUUGUCCAUCUGCCCAAGCUGUAAAAAAAUAAUAAAAAUUAAAACCUUCUAC